ACCCACCCGCCCGCGCGCGCUAUUCGCGGCAAUGCCACUGGCCACGCCGCCGUCUCGGCCCGCGUACCUGUGGUGACCCGCGGCCGGUAUGGCGCGCCCUCGACGCCCGCCGCCGGUGGCGAGGUCCCCGGCCAGGGCCCAGGGCCCGGCAGCAGCUGCCACCCCACGCCAGGCGUCCCCCGCCCGCCCCCGCCGCGGCCGGCGGCUGCGCGUCCAGAGCCCCUCCCUCGCCUCCGCUCGCCGCGUGCCCGCCCCGGCGCACGCGCCGCCGCCGGCAACCCCGCCGCUCCGGUGGCCCGGGGACGCCGUGGCGCCCCGCGAGAACGCCGGCUCCGGCGCGGCCGCGUCCGUGAGGAGGAUCGCCGCGGCGCUGUGGCGGGCGCACCCGCCGCCGCGGGAGCCGGGGGAAGCGCGUCGACGCCCGGAGCCUAGCCCAAGGCAUCCGCAUACUCCUGAUCGUUGCAAUUACUAUAAAGCGGUCCUUGAAGGCAGGACGGGGAGUAAGCCCCUUGGCAAUGGCAUCAUUCGUGAGGUGGGAGCUUAUUCUUCAUCACCCCGAAUUGAAAUGGAAGUCGCAACAAAAUGGGACCGUCGUUGCCUGAACACAUCUGGUGGUGCUGACUAUGAUUUCUGUGAACGCCGUGCAACUGCUGCUGAUGAAGAAGUAUCUGCACUUAAAGAAGAGCUCAUGCAGGCCCGCAACCGGAUUCAGGAGCUUGAAGCUGAAAGCCUAUCUUCUAAAAAGAAGCUUGAUCACUUGGUGAGGAAUCUCGCUGAGGAAAAGGCUUCCUGGAGGAGCAGGGAGCACGAUAAGGUUCGAAGCAUAGUAGAUGCUGUUAAAGGAGAUCUGAACCGGGAGAGGAAGAAUCGACAAAGGGCAGAAUUUAUGAACUCCAAGUUAAUGGAUGAGCUAUCUGAGCUGAAGUUGUUGGCAAAACGAUAUUUACAAGAUUAUGAAAAGGAAAGAAAGGCCAGAGAACUCAUGGAGGAGGUGUGUGAUGAAUUAGCAAAGGAGAUUGCAGACGACAAAGCUGAGGUUGAGGCUUUGAAGCAUGAAUCGAUGAAGGUGAGAGAUGAGGUGGAGGAAGAAAGGAAGAUGCUACAGAUGGCAGAGGUUUGGCGCGAAGAGAGGGUACAGAUGAAGCUUGUUGAUGCUAAACUAACACUAGACAGCAAGUAUUCACAGCUGACUGAGCUUCAGGCUAUCCUUGAGGCCUUCCUCAGUUUCCACCAAGGUAGCAGUGCAGACAAAGAAACAGUGAGAGAUGGAGAAAGGCUCAGGGAAGCAAUUUGCUCUAUGAAGUUACAUGGUAAAGAGUUCUCGUACAAACCGCCGCCUCCUUCAGAGGACAUUUUUGCUGUGUUUGAGGAACUUAGACAGAGGGAAGAUAUUAACGAGAAGGAAAUUGUACAAUGUAAUGGAGAUACCCCCGUGAGCCAUGCAACAAAGAUCCACAUGGUGAGCCCUGAAACUGACAUCUUUCUGGAGAAACCGGCAAACAAAUAUUCCACUCAACCUUGCGCCAGAAAUGAGGAUGAAGAUGAUAGCGGAUGGGAGACUGUCAGCCAUGCAGAGCAAGGCUCUAGCAAUUCACCAGAUGGAAGUGAACCAUCAGUAAAUGGUUUCUGUGGAGGAAAUGAUGCAUCAGCAAGUGGAACCGAUUGGGAGGAAGAUAAUUGUAAAAACUGCAGGUCAAAUAGUGGCAUCAGUGGAGUUUGUUCAACAACAGGAGAGAAGUACCGUAAGAAGGGGUCUUCUUUCUCCAGACUCUGGAGAUCAUCAAAUGGCGACGGCUGCAGGAAAACAGGAUCUGAGUUACUGAACGGUAGGUUCUCAAGCAGCAGGAUGUCCAAUGCUGAUCUUUCUCCCGAUCCCAAGACCAGUGAGGUGUGUCAACUCUCACCGAGUGUCGGGGACUGGAGCCCAGACUUGCUAAACCCUCACGUGGUCCGUGCCAUGAAAGGGCGCGUGGAACGACCUCAAGGCGCACAGAAGCACAACCUGAAGUCCAAGCUCCUGGACGCAAGGACUAAUGGCCGUAAGGUACAGCUGCGCCAAGCGCUCGAACAGAAGAUAUAGCAUGGUGUACUCGCUCAUCAUUCUCCAUUGUCGAAGACAACACCGUGAUCCUUCCUGGUGAGGGCGCCAGGGAGGUCUUCUGGUCACCUUCAGCUCUAGGAGGUGCACCAUUAUUGUUGUAGUAUCUCUGCCUUGGUCCUCGAUCGGGUCUUAUCACUCGCUGUACCUAAUUCACGUCGAUGUUGUCCGUUGAGCCCGCUUAGAAAAAUUGGGGCUCCAUGUAAUCAAAUGUAAUUGUAGCAUUUCUUUUUUUUCCCCGAUGCAUUAUUCAAUAGUGCUAUUAGCUUUUUGCAGUAUUCUUUCA